AAAUUCUCUAAAAAGCGAAGUCUGAACUCAGAGGCGCGGCAGCAGCAACAAUGGAGGAGAACCGCUGCAAGUUCUGGCUUCCCAAAAAGAACCGAUUUUGUGCCAACUCCCCUCUAAACGAUUCCCAGUUCUGCGGCAACCACAAACCGAGGUCCAUUGAACAGUGGAUUCCAUGCCCCAUCGAUCCUUCUCAUUUUGUUCUAAAAGAAAAUCUUGAAAGCCAUGUUAAGAGAUGCCCUUUAUUGAAACAAGCUCAAUCCUUGUCUCUUCAACCAUUUUAUCAAAAGGGCAUCAAUGCUGGCAAAGAAGAAGAAGAAGAAGAAGAUAAUGUUAGCUCUGAGAUGAAGAGGAGUGCUGUUUAUAGCAUGACUGUGACUCAAUUUUGCAAACUUAUUAAGAAGAUUGAAUCUGUUCAUGCUUCUACAUGUAAGGAUAUCUGGGAAUCAUAUAAAGUUCCAGAAGCUUGUAAUAAGUGGAUUAAAAGAGAAGUAGACAGGAAAUUACCAUUUCAAGAGAAACAUGUAGCACAACAAGCGUCAAUUCUUGGGAAUUUGGAGGACUUUGGGGUGAUAAAGAGUUCAAUAGGAAGUAAAGAGGUUGAUAGUCAGGGGUUUUGUAGUGAUGAUAACAAUUUUGUUCACGCAGUCGUUGAAUUUGGAGCAGGGAGAGGGUACUUGACACAGAUGCUGGCAGAUUGUUAUGGAUUUGACAGGGUCUUUCUGGUUGAGCGCAAGUCGUACAAACUUAAGGCUGAUCGAUCUUUGCGACAGAAGGAGAGCUUGAUAUUAGAGCGUUUGAGGAUUGAUAUUGAGGACUUAAACUUGAAUGCUGUUGAGUCUUUAAGGGGAAUCCCUUAUUUGGCUAUUGGUAAACAUCUCUGUGGGCCAGCAACUGAUUUGACACUGAGAUGUUGCUUGUCUGAGCAAUGUAAUCAAGGCAGUGUGCAAGAUUGCAGGAGCAAUGCUAACCUUAAAGGCCUUGCUAUAGCAACAUGCUGCCAUCAUCUUUGUCAGUGGAAACAUUACACAAACAGGAAGUUCAUGUCCGAUUUGGGGAUCACCAAGGGACAAUUUCAUGCAAUGACAUGGUUUACCUCCUGGGCAGUAGAUGCUGACCAUAGUUCAGAUCUUCCUGAUAUUACUGACUGCAGUUUGCAGUUACAAUCCAUUUAUUACAGUGAGGAGAAACAAUGCUUUGGGGACAUGCAUGGGGUUGAAGAUGUUGUGAGGAAUAUGAAACCAGUUGAAAGGGCUGUGUUGGGUUUUAAGUGUAAGCAGAUCAUCGACGUAGGAAGGAUGAUGUGGGCAAAAGAACAUGGAUUAGACACACAGCUUGUGAAGUAUGUCCCUUCAGGCAUCUCUCCAGAAAACCAUUUAUUGCUUGCCAGACAUGCCAAGUGCUUGUAAGACACAUCAUUUACUUCAGAUUUAGGUUGUAACCAUUAAAAUUCAUGCCCAUUAUAUGCAUAGCCAUCUCUAUUUUCAUCUAGAUGGACGUGCAAAGGAAUGUUACACAAAUUUUUAACUGGUGCGACUAGCAGUUUGCUUGGCUUUUAUUGGCAUCUGUGGUUCAAAAGGGCAGAUAGCAUGUGCCCGUUUUAUAUCCAUAUUUGGCUGGGGAUUGGAAAUCUUCACGCACAUGAUUUGCAGAUCGUAAAUUUAGAUUCAUUUGAGGGGGAUCUCUUUUCUUCUCUUCUCUUCUAUCA